AUUGGGGUCAGGUUUCUUUGCCAAAAUAACUAGUUUCAAUCUGUGCUUGUAGUAAACAGUGUUAUUUUCUUGUUCUUUGUGCUUUAAUCUGAAAAUGUCUUGCUGCAGUGGUAAAUGUGGGUGCGGCAGUAGCUGCAGUUGUGGCAGCAACUGUGGAGGUUGCAAGAUGUACCCGGAUUUGAGCUAUGCAGAGAAAACAACCACAGAGACUCUUGUUUUGGGUGUUGCAGCUGUGAAGGCCCACAUCGAUGGUGCUGAAAUGGAUGUUGGAGCUGAGAACGGUGGUUGCAAGUGUGGAUCAAACUGCACCUGUGACCCUUGCAACUGUAAAUGAGGUGCAGAAGAAAUGAUGAAGCAGAGACAGUUCUUAUGAUCUAUUAGUUGCAGAAUAAUAGCUAUGUGUUUGUGUUUGUUGUGUUGUGUGGUGUUUAAUGUAACAUCCUCAGUGGUUUUCAUGGUCUUGGCUUGUCUCAAGCAAUUUCAUAUGUUAUGUGUAAUUUGUGGUGAAUGUCUCAGGCUAUGGUUGUUUUGUUGGUUUUGUGUAAAGAACAUUCAGUCUCUGCUUCACAAUAAAGUAAAAAUUAUAUUAUAAAAAAGAAAGUCCUCUCAGGUCAGACAUUUUUU